GCAGCCUUGGGUACUGGCCUAGCAGCCACACGGCCAUCUAUUGGGACGGAGUGCAUCACUUCAAAGGUGCAUCACUUGCAACAGAAUCAUCAGAAAACCAAGGAGACUUUGAGCUUGGAGCAUUGAUGUUCUUUCUUCUUAUAUUUUCUUGUAUAAAUAUCCUGAUCACCCAAACAUUUGGAUUUCAUGCUUGGGUGUUAUAAGAUGAAUUGAACCGAGCAAUCCUUGGUCAGACGUUUCGCAUUUUUUUCGGUUGCCUCUCUCAAUAUGGGCCAAAUAAACAGAUCAGAUUUACUACUCUGUACAUCAAGACGGUUGGAUAGGGGACAGGAUUAUGCGGCUGGUUGUUUGCCCGUCAACUAAGUGACCUGCCUUUCUUGCUUUGUGCCUUUGUGCCUUGUAAAAUCAUGAUUAUUCGACAAAGGAUAGCUGCUGUAUCCAGACUUUCCAGCCCUUGGAUAGGGAGACCAGCGAGUUUUGGUCGAUUUUUUCCUGACAUUCCAGGGGGUCUUCUAAUCUCAAGAUGCAACUCAGUCCCCUUUGGAGUGCGGGAAAGGACGAUAGGCCUCUGGAAGACAAACAUCCUCUGUCAUGAGCUCAAGGAUCCGAUAAAUCAAGACCUCCGGCUUCAGGCACCAUUGACAGUACUGAUAUGUAUAUAAUGAUUUUAUCAUUCAACCAAGUUAUCCUUUCAUGUUGCUGAUCCCUGGUCCACCAACAUCUUCCAAUCUACAUACAGGAAUCAAUAAACAUUUCGUAAAUCAAGCCACCAGUGGAUCUGAAGACGUUUCCCUCCUUGGGAAGAAAAGAAAACGGUGGCAAAGUCGUUUUUCUUUUUUACUUUCUAGAAGCUCGUGUCAUAGUGAUGCAAACAAACCUAAAUCAUCAACCUACGCACUAAACAGCCUACCGUCAUAUCUAGCCUCGCCGGAGACAUCAUCAACGCAAAGUUGCCAACUGACCUGACCGCCAAGCUGUCAACCCAGCCAAGCAGGCAAGCCAAGAACCGUGCAAAUUAGCAUCACCUAAAGACAAUUAUUCAACUAGUCUUGGAGUUCCAGGGACUAUACAUAACUACCCUCCUGCAGAUGAAUGAACCCAUAACCAAAAGUCUCGCAUCGUCCCAGUCUCGCAUCGGCGGUGUUUUGCGCCCAGUCCUCCCAGUGGCUGGCGCCGGCCAUGUGGAUCUUCGGGAUGCAAACCCUGUGGCAGAUGCCACACUUCUAUGCCCUUGCAUGGUUGCAUCGAGCCGAUUACAUCCAGGGCGGAUACAAGAUGUUUCCACUGAGCGAUGCCACAGGCGUGGAGACUGCGGCGAUGUCAAAGCCCUACCUGGCCGCCCUUUGUGCGUUGCCUUGGGCCAUGGCAGCCAGUGGUGCUGCCUCCUGGAUGCUCCCAGUCGGAGCCGCGCUCCCCAGCGCCGUGUGGUGGCACACCCUGCAAGCCUUCGAAAGGAGCCCGAGUGCUGCCACCUGCCGACGAUUUUUUCUGGGUUCGUUGUCCUACCUGAUUACCUUGCUGGGUUUGCUUACUGCCUACGCUCGUGUUGAGAAGCCCUCCGAUGACACCGUGUGUCAGACUGAACACCAGAGCCUCGAGCCUGCCUGGAGGGUUCAGCUUCGCUCCUACUUGCUGAAGGCUUGUCCUCAUGAGCAGGCCUCGCGGGAAGUUCUUGGCACCGCAUGGCAGACGGGAGGAUGUCCCAUUGCCAAACCUCCGAUCUAAUGGACAAUGAAUCUCCAA